UCUUUGUUGUCCCCGUGCUUUCUUUUCCUUCUGAGACUUAACUUGAAGACAGCGUCACCGGCACUGGCAGUUUCUGGAGUCACUCAAAGAGGCGAGUCUGCUCCACCGCCAGCAUGAUCCUGAUGCUGCUGCUGUGCCUGGGCGGGCCCCUCGGCUGGGGGCUGCUGGGGGCCUGUGCCCAGGCCCUCAGUAGCAGGUCCUCUGAUUCACGCAGCCCCAGGCCACCUGGGGUCUGGAGGGCAGAGGCUGAGGACACCGGCAGGGACCCCACCGGACGUAACUGGUGCUCCUACCAGAAGUCCAGGCUGGUCACCUUCAUAGCCGCUUGCAAAACAGAGAAAUUCCUUGUCCACUCACAGCAGCCAUGUCCACAGGGGGCUCCGGACUGCCAGAGAGUCAAAGUCAUGUACCGUGUGGCCCACAAGCCGCUGUACCAGGUCAAGCAGAAGGUGCUGGUCUCCACGGAAUGGAGGUGCUGCCCGGGCUUUGCAGGUCCCGACUGCCAGCACCACGAUCCUACUGGGGUCCCUGAGCCUGCAGACCCAGGUGACGGCCUCCAGGAGCCUUGGGACAACCCACACGGCUUGGAACCUGGCGCCCCUGCAGCAGAGAUCAGCAACACCGUGGUGGAGCAGGAAGGCCUGCUGGGAGAUCUCCAGAAUGACAUUCACGAGGUGGCGGACAGCCUUCCCGGCCCGUGGAAGUCCCUGGAAGGCAACUUCACAGCAGCAACGACUGAGGCCAAUCAAACGGAGCUUGAGUUUUCUGGCACAUCCCUGGAGCACAUGCUGCCGUCUCACAUUGAUGCCUUCCUGCAAGUGCAUUUCAGCCCCGUCUGGAGGAGCCUGAACCAAAGCCUGCACAGCCUGUCCCAGGCCAUUAGAAACCUAUCUCUGGAUGUGGAGGCCAACCGCCAGGCCAUCAAGAGGGUCCAGGAGAGCGCUGUGGCCAGGGCUGACUUCCAAGAGCUUGGGGCCAAAUUUGAGACCAAGGUCCAGGAGAAUGCCCAGAGGGUGGCCCAGCUGCGGCUGGACGUGGAGGACCGCCUGCACGCCCAGCACCAGUCCCUGCAGCACUCCCUCUCCGAGGUCCAGGCCGAUGUGGACACUAAGGUGAAGAGGCUCCUUAAGGCCCAGGAGUCCCUGGGGGCCAAUGGCAGCCUGGUGGUGGCAGCUGCAGGGGCAGGGGCGAGGCCGGAGCCCGAGAGCCUGCAGGCCAGGCUGGGCCAGCUGCAGAGAAACCUCUCGGCGCUGCACGUGGCAGCUGGCCGCAGGGAAGAGGAGUUACAAAGCACCCUGGCCGAUAUGCGGGCGACGCUGGCCCGGCACGUGGAUGAGAUCAAGGAGCUGUACUCGGAAUCCGACGAGACCUUCGAUCAGAUCAGCAAGGUGGAGCGGCAGGUGGAGGAGCUGCAGGUGAACCACACGGCGCUGCGCGAGCUGCGCGUGAUCCUGAUGGAGAGGUCGCUGAUCAUGGAGGAGAACAAAGAGGAGAUGGAGCGGCAGCUCCUGGAGCUCAACCUCACCCUCCAGCACCUGCAGGGCGGCCACGCCGACCUCAUCAAGUACGUCCGCGACUGCAACUGCCAGAAGCUCUCCUUCGACCUGGACGUGAUCCGGGAAGGCCAGAGGGACACCACGCGGGCCCUGGAGGAGACGCAGGUGAGCCUGGACGAGCGGCGGCGGCUGGACGGCUCGUCGCUGGAGGCGCUGAGCAGCGCGGUGGCGGCCAUGUCGCGGGCGCAGGAGGAGCAGCGGGAGGAGGCGGAGCGCGCGCGGGCGGACGCGGCGCGGCUGCGGAGCCAGCUGCGGACGCUGGGCGGCGAGGCGAGCGCGCUGCGGGCCGCCGAGGCGGAGAUGCGCGGCGAGCUGGGCCGGCUGCACGGCUCCUUCGCGGCCCUGCUGGAGGACGCGCUGCGGCACGAGGCCGUGCUGGCCGCCCUCUUCGGGGAGGAGGCGCUGGAGGAGAUGUCCGAGGCGGCGCCGGGGCCGCUGCCGCUGAGCUACGAGCAGAUCCGCGUCGGCCUGCGGGACGCUGCCAGCGGGCUGCAGGAGCAGGCGCUCGGCUGGGACGCGCUGGCCGCGCGGGUGGACGCCCUGGAGCAGGCGGCGCGGCGCCCGGAGCCCGGCGAGGCCGCGGAGCUGGCGCGGGAGCUGCAGCGUCUGGGCCCGGCGGUGCAGCAGGCGGCGCGCUGCUGCGAGGCCUCGUGGGCCGCCUCCCUCAACGGCUCGGUGGAGGGCCUGCAGGGCGCGCUGGCCGCCACGGAGCGCGGCUUGGAGCAGCACGAGCGGCUCUUCCACAGCCUCUUCGGGAACUUCCAGGGGCUUGUGGCGGCCAACGUCAGCCUGGACCUGGGGAAGCUGCAGGCCAUGCUGAGCAGGAAAGAGAAGAAGCAGCGGAAAGGUCUGGAAGCUUCCCGGAGGAGGGACAGGAAGCAAGCGGAUGCGCAGGUCCAAGGGCCGGUGCUCUGGGAGGCAGGCUCCCCUGUGGCCUUCUACGCCAGCCUUUCAGAAGGGACUGCUGCCCUGCAGACAGUGAAGUUCAACGCCACUUACGUCAACACUGGCAGCAGCUACUUCGCUGAACACGGCUACUUCCGGGCCCCUGAGCGUGGGGUCUACUUCUUUGCCGUGAGCAUUGAAUUUGGCCCAGGGCCAGGCGCCGGGCAGCUGGUGUUUGGAGGCCACCAUCGGACCCCUGUCUGUACCAGCGCGGAGCAGAGGGACGGGGGCACGGCCACGACCUUCGCUAUGGCCGAGCUGCAGAAGGGUGAGAGAGUGUGGUUCGAGGUAACCCAAGGAUCGGUAAUAAAGAGAAGCCCGUCGGGCACUGCAUUUGGGGGUUUCCUGAUGUUCAAGACCUGAACUCUCGGCACAGCUCUGACCAGACAUCGUGGACUCGCCCGGCUCUCCCGGGCCUGGGACUCUGGCCAGGGUCGGUCUGGAGCCCAUGCAGUUGGUCCAGCUUGUCCCUGGAAAUCUUCUGCAAAGACAGUGUGGUAUAGGUGGCCUCUCUCUAGACGCAUUGGGUUGGCUACUUCUCAAUGAUGAGCAGGACUGGGAUGCUCCUCUCUGGGCAGGACCUGGCCCUGGGAGGCGUGAACGUCGGCUUCGCGCCUCCUGAGGCAGACGGCUGGGAUUCCAGCUCUCUGCCCCACCGUCUUCCACAGCUUCUUUGCUGUUUUGCUCCUCUUGUGGUUGGGAACAUCCGUACACUUUAAACCUUUCUCCCUAAUCUUACACUCGAAAACCAUUUUUUUUCCUGGGAGGCAUAUGUUUAAAAUGGAUUUUGGAUGAUAUUGGAAACCAGUCUACACUCACUACGGGGCAGUGGGAGAAAAGCAGCCUGUUCGCUCUCUGUCGGUCGGAAAUGGACAUAAAGGCCUGGCUGAGGUAACCAAGGGAAGCACCAUUAGUGCCUUUGGCUUAGUUUUAGUCCUCCCUUGAAUUUACCUGUAAUUUUCAUUUCACUUCUUUUUCUUCUUGCCAAGAAAUGCCAAACACCAACUAAAAUGUAUGCAGCCUUCAUCUUGUUUCCUUCCUCCCGUGGCUCGUGACCACCCUAAUUCUCGUUAGCAUCUCUGACCAGGAAGGGAGCUGAGGGGGGCAGGGAGGCACGACUGUCAACAUCCCCCUCAGGUAUCAACUUUGGAAUAAAGUGAUGCCCUUCGAA